CUUUUUAAGACGCGAAUUGUAGAUUACAUAGAAAGAAUUAAGCAACUUUUUAGUGAGUUUUGCUAACCAGCUAGCUAUAAGCUAAUAAUUGUAUGCCGCAGACUAUAUAAACGCAACGAAUCAAUGCUGUAGCAGCGCCCACAAUGGCGGCCAUCCCGGUGGAAUACGACGAGACGGUGGUCAAUCAGUUCAGCUGCAAGCGCUGCGAUCGCACAUUCAAGAGCAAACGAGAUCAAACGCUGCACAGGCAGGAGGUGCACAAUCACAACAAGACUACCUACGAGUGCAAGCUAUGCGCCAAGAGUUUCUGCAACAGCGGCAAUUUGGAUCGGCAUAUGAAGGUGCACAACGAUGUGCGUCCAUUUGUCUGCCAGAUUUGCUCCAAGGCGUUCGCGCAGGCAGUUAACUUGCAACGACACUACGCCGUACACAGCGGCGAGCGUCCGUUUCAAUGCAACUUCUGCAACAAAUCCUUUACGCAGCAGAGCAAUAUGAAGCGGCACAAGAUGACACACACCGGCGAGAAACCGUUCCGUUGUCAGCGCUGCGGACGCUACUUCUCCCAAUUGGUUAACCUAAAGAAACACAAGCUGGGACAUCUAAACGCCAAGCCUUAUCAAUGUACCUACUGCGAAAAGGGCUUUACCCAGCUGUCCAACUUCAAGCGACACUUGCAGUCGCACAUAAAAGAAGGCGUCGAUGUUGACGUGCCUGGCUCCAUACAAGCAGCUACGGCGAUGGCGCGAGAGCGUCUCGAAGCGGAGCAAAAACCUUUCUUUGAGUGCAUGGUCUGUCGCGCCAUCUUUGAGACUUUUGUGGACUAUGAGAAACAUGAGGCCAAAUGCCAUGAAGAGAAUGCACAGCUGGAUGUAAAUCAGAUGGCACAGAUGCAUGACGAUUAUUUACCUAUGAAGUUCUCUGUGCCGGAUCUAGAUACGCAGGAGAUAAUUAUUGAGACUACACACUAGAGUCCAAGCCCCUUACACACAAUCAAACACACACACACACACAUCGACAUACACCCAGGCACAUAUACAAACAAGCGUAGGACACGCUGAAAUUUCUUCUUCAUACAAAUAAACUAAAUACGAGUAAAUGAAUACCAAUUGCAAUUGCCUGCAAUAUGCAAUAAACAUUUGCUAAUUGUAUAAUUUUUAAGCAGUAAAGAGAAUGAGCGAGAGCAGUAGAGAG